AUGCUGAACUUGUUCAGGAGCAACCGCGGUAGCAAGGCUGCGGCCGCGCCAACCGGCAUUCGAGUGCCACUGGCGCCCGAUCGGCGAGUGCGGGCGCAGCCUCGUUACAAGGCAGCAGCCUGGCUGUUCUUUUUGCAGAUGGAGAAGACACUGAGUAGAUUCCAUCGGGUUCUCAACCUUCCCAGCUUCGACUCGCCGGCGGGCUCCCCAGGCGGGUUUUCUGCGGUCAUUAGCUUACCCUGGACCGGGGGCAGCCAGAAACAGGCAACGGAGUGUCCAGUAGGGGACCGUGAGUUCCGCGCCUGCCUGGACGAUGAAGGGCGACUGCUGAAACCGCAAGAGCUGCGCCUCGCAGUUUACAAGGGUGGAGUCGAACCAUCUCUCAGAAAGGUCAUCUGGAAACACAUCCUGAACGUGUACCCUGAAGGCCUGACGGGUCGCGAAAGGCUGGCGUAUAUGCGCCGGAAAAGUGACCAGUACAUCGAGCUGCGCACAGCCUGGAAAGCGUUCGUGGAAAAUCCUGCGUUCAGUGGGGACAUCCAAUCGGUCAUCAACAUGGUGCGCAAGGAUGUUCUCCGCACCGAUCGCUCGCACCCUUUCUACGAAGGUGAAGACGACAACAGGAACGUGGUCUCGCUCUUCAACCUACUCACGACGUUCGCACUGAAUCAUCCGUCGCUGUCCUAUUGUCAGGGCAUGAGCGACCUCGCGUCACCUCUGCUGGUAGUCAUGCGGGACGAGUCGCACGCCUACGUGUGCUUCUGCGCACUUAUGCGACGCCUUGGACCGAACUUUGACGUGGACGGCGAAGCUAUGACGCUCAAGUUCAAGCACCUGUCCGAUCUGGUCCAAUACUACGACUCAACUUUCUUCAGGUACCUUCAGAAAUGCGGCGCCCACGACCUGCUCUUCUGCUACCGGUGGCUGCUGCUGGAGCUGAAGCGCGAGUUCUCCUUCGACGACGCAUUGCACAUGCUCGAGGUGCAGUGGAGUUCGCUGCCGCCGAUGCCACCGGACGGAGAACUGCCUCUGUUCGAGCGGCCCUACGAGAUGGACGAUGUCGUGCCACGUGGCCCACUGUCCACGAAUGCCUGUGCCAGCUCACAGAACAGUGCGCAUGUCAUUUUGCUAAAGAGCCAGCAACCAGGAGUGCCGAUGACGACAUCCUCCAAGUUCGUCAACGUGUUGACAGAUGGCGAUGACGAAGAUCAGGGUGUUUUCAAGCCCCUGAUUACACCCGUGAGGCAAGAACUCAGCACGAAGCUGAUCAGCACGCGCUGGGAGCCAUGCGCCAAGACACGGAGUGACGGCUGCGGAGACAGUGCGGACAAGUGUGUCCCGGAAGUGGGGGAUUUGUCCAAGAAGAAGAUUCGCGACGACCCCGUGUUGCAGGAUGCUGGCGCAUCUUCCAGCGGUGCCUGUACGGAGGACUCUUGCGCUGUGCCGCGGACGAAUGUUUCGAAUUCCGCUAGAAUCACCUGGCGCCGAUAUUCCGCCAACAUGAAGCUUCCGCGGCCACAGGAGCUUGGUGGCGGCAACCCGUUCAUGAUGUUUCUUUGCUUAGCGAUUCUCACGCAGCAUCGAGACGUAAUUAUGCGCAAAGGCAUGGACUACAAUGAACUGGCCAUGCAUUUUGAUAAGCUAGUACGACAACAAGACUUGCAGAGCGUGCUUCAGCGGGCCAGGGCGUUGUACGCGAAGUACUUGAGCCUCGGAUGGGGCGAACCUUUGGAAGAGAAUCCACGCGUGUAG